AGAAGAAGAAGAAGGAGAUCUGUCAUAGCAAAUACAAAAACAAGACCAACGUUGUUAAGCCUCUUGGAAAAUGGGAUUCCUAUACCUAUAGGUAGUAGAAUUAUUAGGGUAAACAACCGAGUGGACUGGCCAACUCACCAACUACCUAGUACUGAGGUUUUGGCCACCCUCCAAAAAAGUUCUUUAACACGUCCUGACACCGGAGAUGGUCAUCAGUCAUGAGUUGUUGGUGGUAACAGGAGCUCAAGACCUCUACUCUCUUUUAAAGGUGCUGUAUUUGACAAAAAUGAAGAGUUAUUUUUGUGUGUGCAGCAACAGGUAGCUUACAUUGCGUGCCUGGAAGUCAGCCUAAUUGGCAUGAGGCCACACAAGCAGUCAUGAAGGUUGUUAGUCUUCAAACUGGAUGUAUUAAUGUUGUUGUCCAUAUGCUGACAUUGCUCUCAAGGAGGAAAGAUAUUGAUGAACACGCUCGGCAAGUUUACAAAUACCUGUUGUAUGCUGCACCCCAUUUAAUGGACAUUGCUCAUGCUUGUCAUUAUCAAAGGCGUGCCUAUAUGACUGAAAUAUUCUUACCCGUCCUUUUAGAAAAAGGAAAGUUACAUGUAACUAUUUCCAACAUAAACAUUGUUAUCAACUCAUGGCGUGAAAAUAAAUGCAUGGAAUUAUCCUCUGUUACUCACUUGAAAGUUGGUGAUAUCGAAGGAAGCCAGUGUUUUAACUUCUUACCAUUCCUUGGACAGCUGAGCAAUCUUCAGUUUUUAGACAUUGGAUGCAUUGUUGAUGACGAACUUCUGGCAGUGCUUGGGCUGAAUUGUCCAAAUUUAGAAGUAUUUGAUGCACGGGAGGGUAUGGUGAACACGAUCACCAAUACAGGACUUUCAUACUUAUGUCAGUGUAAGAAGCUUAGAAGAAUUUUGUUUUCCAAUUUUACUGAUGAAUAUUCAUGCCCUCAAGAUAGACUAGGAUUUUUUGGAAGUGGAAUUGCAUUGCUUUUAUUGUCAUUGCCCAUGAUAGAACAAGUGCUUUGUUCAGAAUAUUUGUUGCGUGAUGCAUUAAACUUUCUCUACCAAACCAGUUACCGUAAAAGAAUUAUUCCUGUGAAGUGCAUGUUUUUAGAUCAUCCUGAAGUUGCUGUUUGCAAUACAUUGAUGCAAAUAAUGCCUCUUUGGUGUCCUAAUAUUGAAGUAUUAACAUUAUAUGUGAAAUGUGCAAAGGAGAAGCUAAUUGGAAACUGUCUACGUUCGUUAUCUAAGCUUAGGAUUUUAGUUAUGACAGUAUCAAGUGGCUGUAAUUUUGAUCAUUUUAAUUUCACAAGCUUUGGCCCUCAGUUGGUAUAUCUUCAAAUUACAGCUUACCUUAUUGGAAGUCGUGAUAUAACAUUAAUCAGUCAAACUUGUACUAAUUUAAAAACCUUGGGACUGAAAAUGUAUAGUUUUGGUUUUGAUGGAGAUGUGAAAGGCGAGACUACUGAAUCAAUAUUCCCGACAGUAGAGAAGUUGGAGUUACAACAGAACAUAUCAGUGAGGUUAUUCAGGUUCUUGAACAUCUACAUGGAAAAUUUACGUGAGGUAUAUUGUGCUUGGGCAACUGUCCAUGAUCUAGAAGAAGUCCUAAAAGUGAUUGUGCAGUCUGGUGGCUGGAAAAAAACUACACUCCUUGUAUUGCCAGUUAUGAGCCAUUUGUCUUUAUCAGUAGCAAAGAUGAUAGCUGAUGUCUUACCAAAACUAUCAUGUUUGGGGAUAACAUUACUACAUCCAUCACAAGAAUUAGAACUUACUAAGCAUGUUCAGCAUCAGUUAUCAAAUAUUAGUCUGGUUGAUCAAGAAGAUAUUGUGUCACCAAGCAAUUCUGGAAUUUUCUCACAAAAUAUGUGGGGUGAAGAAAUUAGAAAAAGAUAGUAUUGUAGCAUAAAAGAUAAUUGUUCCUAUGGAAAUACAAACAUCUUUUAUGUAGAAGCAUUCCUUAGGGUGAUCUAGAAUCGGUAAUUGAAACUUGAUAACAAGGUCAUUAGCAUAGAUGGUGGUAAUGGGGCUGAGUGGGAGAUUACAUCUCACUCACUUGCCAUCACCAAACACUUUCUUUAGCCAGCAUUGAAUGAGGAUAUGAUGUAGAGUCCUUACUGACUGCCAAGUUUGAACUUGUGCUGUUUUUUAUUGUUUUCUGUAGUACAUACAUGGAAAUAGUGUCAUUAACUUAGGUAUGCAGAACACUAGCAAAUGUAGAGAAUGUUCAUGCCAUCCUUUUAGGAGGAUCUUCACUGUUUACUAAUCUGUUGUAGGGUUAGAUUUGCUGCUGUUUUGGGAAGUUUUCAGUAGACCACAUGUGCUAGCCCUGCAAGCAUUGCAAGACUGUGAUGUGUCACUCUGCACUGUUGUUGAGCAACAUGUCCAUAAUGACUUCCCUCAACAAGCAAGGGGGGAUCAUUUCUCUUCACGCCUAUUAGUUUCUGCAGCUGAUGCACAAGCCUUCAGCCAGAUACAUUCCAGCUACCAGAGCCAUGUAGUAAAAACUAAUACUAGUAUGUUUCUUCAUAGGGGAACGACCUUUUCACCAUGCAACUGAGAGGGAACUCUUGGUGUUCUGUUCUCCUCUGCAUUAUCCUUGGUUGGCCCUGGAGGACCCCUCCCAGCACUUCAGGGACAUUCUAGACUCCUACACACUUUCCUCCACUCUGUCCCACCAAGUGGUCAUCUGCAUGUUCUUAAACAGUGGUUUUAUUUAAGUAACUUACCAA